CAUUCGACAAUUUUUCUGUAUAGAAUAACAACCUCUUCCGAAUUUGUUAAUUAUAUACAAAAUAAUGUCAAUUAUACCCAUCGAAGUUCCAAUUCAGCCGUAUGCUGGUCAGCUGCUGAUCAUCAAGAGCAUUCUGCCGAACGUAGCACCUCAGGAUUUGAACAAGUCUAGCAAGUCGAAAAAAUCAAGGCCAUCCUACUUCGAGCGUAGUAGCAUUCUCAACAAGCUACAGAAACAUUUCGCCGCAAACAACCAGGCGGGUGAAAUAGAUCUGGUAGACUGCGAAUCCCUCUUGGAUGCUUUUCUGGCCGCCUUGGAAACCUACAUGAAGUUUGUGGUUAAGAAAACUAUAGAGUUGUGCGAACAUCGAUCGGGCUAUCAUUUGUUUAACGAUGAACGCUGUGUGAUGAAGAACGAUAUGAGGAUUACGAUGACGUUUCUCAACAAUUUGGAGAUGGCCGACUAUGGCUCGUCGGAUGACGAUGCCGGCUUCUAUCGCAAGCACCGUGCUGAGAAUGUCGAAAGGGAGAAAAAGUCGGUGCGCAAAGAGUCGUCGAAUGACACGGCCAUGAUGGCCAUCAGUGGUCGGAAGCGCCCGGCGGAGGUUCCAAGUUCGGAACCCACUCCUGUUCCCAAUACCGCUCCAGCUAAGGUCGCGGUCCAGCGGCCAUUUGGCAUGAGAUUCAAGCACCUGAUCAUAAGGGAUGUGAUGCAGUUCCUGGAGGAGGACAGGCGCUACUCCCGCUCCAACAUGCUCUUCGAAGCCUACUUGAAGUAUAAGACAUAAAAAAUAUAUUUGAAGAAUUUUAAAAAGGUUCCAGAUUGAUAUUUUGAAAACAAUAAAAAACCUUUAUCA